UUGUCAGGAGCACGUUAAACUUGAACAAAGACGCCUGCAGGUGUUUUUUAUUUACUAGGAGAUUUGAUAACUUUUUAGUGUGUUCAAGUUUGGCUUUCCUGCAGAGGAAGUUGAAGUGUUGCUUUGUGAACUCUGCACAUACACUCUGAAAAUAAUAUCUAUUUAUUUGUUUACUGUGAAUGUGUCCUUAUUCUAAUAUUAUCUAAACCCAACAUGUUAGUACUCACAGGACAUUAGGUUCGUUCGAGCUUUUAUAGAAAGUCAUCUUACUUGUGUUUUAUCAGUAGAAGGCAAACUUAAUGAGCAUAGAAAACAUCCUGAAUUGGAACCCUUCACAAACUAUCAGUACUGGUUCAAAAAACUACUGCUAUUGAGUUUAGGAUUGACUGCAGCAUAUGAAUGAAUACUUUAACUGAAUGACAAGAAAGAUAAAGAUAACUACAGAGAAAAGAAGUGUGACAGAUUUCACAUGUAUUUUCCAGUCUCCAUCGAGAGGCCUCUCUACCAAUAACCAACACAAUAUAUUGAUUUAAGUGUUUCAAAGAUUCAAAAACCCUUAUUAACAUUGUGUUAUUCGUUUUCAAAGUCACCACAGCUCGAUAUCAGGAAUGUGAGCGUCAGUAUUAUUAUUUUUUAAAUUUAAAUUGGCUAUUACAAGUAGAUUUAUAGAAAAUUAAAAGAUGUUUGCAUGCGGUCUUUUUAGUAACUAGGAUUUUAAGGAUGUGGCAGUGGCUCAAUCUGUAGGGACUUGAUCUUGGAACCGAAGGGUCGCCGGGUCACGCCCCAAUCGGACCACACAAAUAAAUAAAAAUGGAGCGAGCUGGUAGGUGGAGAGGUGCCAGUUCACCUCCUAGGCCCUAUGGCACCUAACCUCGAAACUGCGUAAACUGGCAGCCUCUCUGCUCUGCCACCUCUCCUAGAUUUUAGGGUGAACUCUACUGCUCUACCAAGCACCUCUCAACCCCAGCCUCAACCUCCACUCACCACUCCAACACUCACCUCAAACCCACCAAUGCCUUCAACAUAUUCAACUAGUAUAUCUGCCACUACUACUCCUCCUACAAUCACCUCACCCUCACCCUCACCCACCAACGCAUUAGACUUGCUGACAAGCACCUCUCAACCCCAGACUCAACCUCCAAUCACCACGUCCAACACAUCAGUGACUACUAACGCCAAAGCCGAAGCUCAAGCCCCUCCACCUCUGGAGUGUUCUUACACGGUCACAACCAGCAAGUCUGGCUUCAACAUUACCAUGAAUGGGAACUUUACGACUGGCGACUACACCAUCAACAUCAAAGAAACGGGCCGACCAGAUACUGGACACAACGAUCCUGUUCAGUUCUCCAAUGAAAGCUUAACACAUGAAAUCAAACACCUGAAGCCCUGCACUGAGUAUGAGCAUGAUGUGGCAUUUAAUGAUGCUGCUGGCAAAAAAACACCCUGCACCACGCAAACAAAUACAACUGAGACAAACGAAUGGAAAGAAGGUGAUAUUAAAGAAGGCAGCUGCAUGCCUGGAUAUGUUUGUUACCGUAGUGACUGGGACAUCAGCUCUUCACUAUCAAAGUCACAUAAUAUAAUAAUUUCAGCUGAAACGUGCAAAAGUGACAAAAAUGGGAUCUGUUUCAAACCUCGUUACAUUGACAUUUGCACCGAUUUGACUACGACGUUCACUUCAGGAAACUAACGCCUUGAGCCUCACCAGAAGCAUCACUGCUAAUUUCUUAAAUCCAAGUGAAAUAAAUCAAACAAGUCCAACUAAACUUCCUGCAGAAAUAAAAACAGAUUUGCCUCCAAACUGCACGAAUCUCCACAUCACUUACAGCUGUCAGGAAGUUGGAAAACCCAAUGAGCUGAAGAAUCUUACUGUCCUGGAGCCCUACACAGACUACAACUGCACCGGUCAGAUCAUGGAGAACUAUGUCAACAUAAAAAACACAACUGCUAUCGAGUUCAGGAUUGACUGUG